UAUAAUAUGGAAACCUCACGUGUAUUUUUCUACAGUGAACGAAACUAAGAAAAAAAACCUACCACAUGAGUAGAUACUUUGUCUUGGUUUCGUUAAACAUAAAUCUUCACUCUGCACUUCAAAAUAGCGAGUCUAUUUAACGAAAAUAGAAAAAUAAACAAGACUUUCUAUAUACAAUACUAUUUAUCUUAAAAUUAGGUCGAAUGAAAAAAAUUCAAAAAAAUACACGUGAGGUUGUGUGGGGGAAGGGGGGUAGCCAAAAACCUCACCAAAUAUCACCAAGGCCACCAAGGGGGUGGGGGGGUCAAAAAGUAGCCGAAAACACCUCACGUGAUUUGUGCACAACCCCUUAGAACCCUUAGAUCAUUUUAGGAACGGGAGCCACCUUAAUUUUUGGUGCGGUGUGGUUGAAAGGGUGGGGAUGAUUUGUCCCAUACAAUCAUAAAUUUAUGAAAGCAUCUGUUUAGGUUUUUGCAUUAAGUUUAGUGUCAUUAUCGAGUAAAAAAAGAGAAAAAAAGAGAAAUGGACUAAUAGUUACGUUAUUUCGUAUUUUAAAGAUUUUACUGCCUAUAUAUUCGUAAACACUCUUUAACAUUGCUUAUGCUCGGUGCACAACGUAAUCCGAUUUAAGAGACGUAGCUAUACGGAGGAAAAUAAUUUAAAUAUUAAAGUAUUUGAACAAAUUAAAUUAUUUCAGAAAAAUAUUUUGAUUUGUUUUUAUCAAGUACAAACAAAGCCAAAAAGCAAAGCAAAGCAAGUAGAAGUAGAGGAGUAGCCUGGGGCACUAGAGGCCUUGGUCACUUUUUCUUAGUAUAUGACAUUUAUUUCAGUUUAUAAUUUAAAUAUUAGUCAAUAUUUACAUUAUCAAUUUGUAUUUUUAAUAUUCUUAAUUACCUAAAUGAUUUCUGUCUUUUGAUUUACUCGAAAAUGUCACCAAACUUAUUGCAGAAACCUAAACAGGUGCUUGCAUAAAUUUAAGAUUGUAUGGGACAAAUCAUCACCCCACCUUUCAUCCCGACCGUAUCAAAAAUCAAGGUGGAUCUCCUUACUAUAAUGAUCUAAGGGUUCUAAGGACUCGCUAUGUAUAGUAAAAAGGGAUCUCAUCAUCAUCAAGCGCCGUAAAUUGCUUUAUAUCCGUUUAAAUUGUUUUGGUAAUUUGUGUUUCAGUGUUUUCGGACGGCUGCGCCGCCCGCGUUAGGGAACAGCUCGCGAUGGUUUGCUCCGUGGUGCUCGAACGCCUCCGUGACGACGCGACUGUUCACAGUGGAAGCAAACCAUAUGGCUGCGAACACUGUGACGAACAUUUUAUAAAUAAGUCUAUUUUAAGAGAACACAUACAAUAUACUCACUUAUCGUCUGGAUCCAAGAAAUUUAAUUGUGAUUUUUGUAGUUCCACAUUUCAAACUAAAUUGCUUGUAUUAGAGCAUGAAAAAAGUGAACACGGUGUUACAAAUUUCAUGUGUGCUGAAUGUGAGUAUUCAACAAGUUCCAAGAAGAGUUUGCGGAUCCAUAUAAAGAGUCACUCUAUGGAAAAUCUGUUUCAUGGUAGUCUGUAUAAAAGUCAAAUACACAAACACCAAAAAAUACACAUUGGGGAAAAGCCUCUUCAGUGUACGAAACGUGGUUCUAAAUGCAGUGUUAAAUCAAACCUGCGACGUCACCAGAAGACGCACAACAGGAGACACACUUGUUGUCAUUGUGAUUACAAGUCCAGUGAUAGUUUUAUCAUGCUAGAACACGAAAUGACACAUACUGGCAAGAAGCCCUUUCACUGCAGCCGCUGUGAUUACAAAUGCCGUCAUAAAUCAUACUUACAAAUGCACAUGAUGAUACACACUGGGGCGAAGCCAUUUCAAUGUAGCAACUGCGACUACACUUGCAGGCAGAAAGGAAACUUGCUAGUACACCAGAGGACACACACCGGGGACAAGCCUUUUCAGUGUAGUCACUGCGAUUACAAAUGCAGUCAACAAUCAAGCAUAAAUAUACACAUGAUGAGACACACUGGGGCGAAGCCAUUUCAAUGUAGCAACUGCGACUACAGGUGCAGGCGGAAAGGAGACUUGUUAGUACACCAGAGGACACACACCGGGGUGAAGCCUUUUCAGUGUAGUCACUGUGAUUACAAAAGCAGUCAAAAAUCCGACCUAGAAAGACACAUGAUGAUACACACUGGGACGAAGCCAUUUCAAUGUAGCAACUGCGACUACAGGUGCAGGCGGAAAGGCAGCCUGCAAAUACAUCAGACGACACACACCGGGGAGAUCCCUUUUCAGUGUCGUCACUGCGAUUACAAAUUCCGUCAUAAAUCAAACCUUAAUAAACACAUGAUGAUACACACUGGGGCGAAGCCAUUUCAAUGUAGCAACUGCGACUACAGGUGCAGGCGGAAAGGAGACUUGUUAGUACACCAGAGGACACACACCGGGGAGAAGCCUUUUCAGUGUAGUCACUGUGAUUACAAAAGCAGUCAAAAAUCCGACCUAGAAAGACACAUGAUGAUACACACUGGGACGAAGCCAUUUCAAUGUAGCAACUGCGACUACAGGUGCAGGCGGAAAGGCAGCCUGCAAAUACAUCAGAUGACACACACAGGGGAGAAGCCUUUUCGGUGUAGUCACUGCGAUUACAAAUGCCGUGAUAAAUCAAGCCUACGAAGUCACCAGAAGACGCAUGCUGGGCCGAAGCCUAACAACGCAGCAAUAGCGACUACAAGUGCAGCCUGAAACAGCACCUGCAAAGCCACCAUUUUUUUUUAUCUAAUCUGUUUAUUUCAGUUCAGUGGUACAGUCAGAACUUAGUUACAUUCUCAAAAUUUGGAGAUUAUCUUAACUAAGUUUUUAGCCG